CAAAAUCUCCAACCAAGUUCAAAGCGCCAUCAAACAGCGUAAGAAGAAGGACCUGCAGAGAGAUUACGAGGAAUUAAAAGUGGCCUACGUAACAAAUGAGGCAAAGUUUUCUAAAGACCUGGAGGCAGAGCGCCAGAAGAAUAACAUCCUUCAGCAGGAACUCCAAGGUCUCAGACAGCAGCUGGAUUCCAAAACUCAAGAAUCCAAAUCAGAGACUUUCCUGAAGAAAGAAGUCCAAGACUUGAAGGCAGCUCAAGAAGAUCUCGCCUCCAAAUCUGACGCCCAAAUUUCAGCUGCAAAAACGGAAGUAAAAGCCCUGCGCCAAGAGCUGGAACAUGAGAGAUUGGUUUGCUCACAAGAACUUCUUCAACAGCAGCAGAUCAUCAACAGCCUCAAAGCGGAGCAGGACUUUGCCCUCCAAGCCGUGGCCAAGCAGAUCGCCACCAUGACCGUGGCGUCCUGCAGAAGAGAGUUGUGCUUUCAGGCGGAGCUCCACUGUCUGAAAGUUCAGCUCAAGGACAGCCGGAUGGAUCAACUGCUGAAGGAAAACUGUGCCCAGCAGCAGCCUCUGGUCCCCGUGGUCACUGUCAUCCAGACCACAGAGGAGACUCAGAACGUGGACUCGGCCCAGGAGACAACGCAGCUCUCAGAACCUGAAGGUCUUCAGGGAACCAAAGAGGACCCUGAAGACGUUCCAGAACCAAAAAAGAAGUCUCCAUCCUUUUGGAAAAGAGCAAGACGUUUUCUGCGGCUGAAAAAAUCAACAAAAAACAAAAAUUAGGCCAAUCAAUAAGACCUCUCUCUGUUUGUUCCUGUAAAUGUGGUUCUUCAAACUUUUGUAGUAAAUGUAACGAAAGUGGUUUCUUCCAAUUCUUUUUAUAUAUUUGUGUGUUAUUAGAGUAGUUUAAGCA